GACCUUUAAUCAUUGCUUUUAAUUUCUUUUUCUAGGUACGAUCUGACAAAUUUAUGCACCUUCCCGUCGCUGUCCACACUCAAACCCUCUUUAUCAUCAGAAGUAUCUCUUUCAACAAUCUCGAGUCAAACAGAUCUCGUUUCAUACCUUGAUCCCAAAAUACAAACAGAUCGCUCUAUUCACUUGUGAAUUUCUUCCUUCAUUCCACAAUCCACAAUCCGCAAUCCAUCACCCAAAGUGUUGUAUACUCAAAGUCAUUUAUCCAACACCAUUUCCUUCAAUCAAAGUCCAAACUGUGCGUAUUUUCAAUCAUUUCUGUACCGUGCAAUCAUGACAUCGAAUAAGAAGAAGAGAUCGACUCCUCAUAAAUCUCCUCGCAAACCUCACACAGCGAGCAAAACUCAUAAAUCGCCUAAAGAGAAAGUUGCCCCAGCAAGACAAAGUCUUUCAAGUCCUCCCAUACUUCCACAAAAGAAUGCUGAAAUUGCUCCCCCGAUCUUGCCUCCUACACGGAGAAUACUCUUUCCUCAGAGUCUCAAAAAGAGCAAUAGUCAACAACCUUUCCCGUCUCCCCAUGCUGUCAAGACAGAGCAUCCGAAGACUAAGAAACACACGUUAUCCUCUCCAGCUGCGAAGUUCUCGGAUGAUCGACCUUUGAAGAAACAAUGUCUUUCAUCUCCUUCUCCUGCGAAACGUACCAAACUUCUACCCGUAACCCCAGAAAAGGUCAACGGGCGGGAAAUAACAAUUUCGUCAAGCGACGAGGAAGAUGAGAAUGAGAUUGAGAUUGAAGAUGAUACACCAAGUCCCCCAAGUCAAAAGAGGAAAUCGAAUACCAUGGUCGAUGUAGCAGGUAGCCACAAGAAUACAUCUCCAUCAAAAACAUCCGUAGCGAUAGUCAUCCCACCAAAGCAACAACCUUCCUCCUCAUUCUCUACCCUCCAUCCCAAUUCACCAGCUGUUCAAAAGAUAGAUAUAACUGUUUUGCGACUCGAAAAAGAAGAAUUACAACAACGUCUCGAUGCUUCAGCGCAACAAGCACAAAAAGCCGGCAACGAUAUCAAGAAAUGGGAAGAAAGAUGCAAAGAAACAACCGAUAUACAAGAUAAUCUCAACCGACUUCUCCGUGCCGAAAUCGAGGAUAAAGAAAGGCACCAAGAAAAACUAGAGUCUUUGCAAAAACAAACACAUAUUCUCAACCUCUCAGCCAAAAAUUGGGAGAAGAAAUGGAAAAAAGCAGAUGAUGAAAAUAAAUCCCUGCGCAAGCGUCUUGACGCCAAAUUCAAGAUGAAAACACGAAAAGAAGAUGAAGCUACCACAGACACAGAGCAAUGGCAACAUCGAUACACAUCCGAGUGUGAAAAGACCAUCAAACUCCACCAGGAGCUCAAGCAACUCAAGACCAAUCCCGAACCCGAACCCCCUCACCUCACUCAAAAAAUUGCGAAACUCGAACUCGAACUUUCGAAUCUGAAAUCUGAGCAUCACAACCCCCAAAAAGCCAACGAAACCCCCGGCGAAGGAGAAGAAGAAGAAGAAGAAGAAGAAGAAAAACAUCUCGAAUCCACCCCCACCCCCGCUCCCACACACCCAGCAAACCAAAUCACCCAACUCCAAGAAACACUCCAGCAAAAAACCCAGCUCAUCACCAACCUCUCCCAAGCCACACAAACACAUUCCCCCAGCCGCUCAUCGCUCCAUCUCCAAAACGCCUCCUCCCCAACCCACUCCCAAAGCACUCUCAAAUCCGUCCCCACAAAAGCGCCAACACAAAUCACCAAAACACGCUCCGAGCUCCUCGACCAGAACGAAGAGAUUUCAAUUCUCCGCACCGAGAACGAAGAGCUAAACCACCAAAUCACCUCACUGAAAACGCAAUGCCCAUCCCCAUCCCCAUCCCCAUCCCCAUCCCAAAUGCUCGAAAGACUCACCGCAGACCUCCUCGACAAGAACGAAGAAAUUUCAAUUCUGCAUCGGGAAUUCGCAGAGCAGAUCCGAACAUUGGAGAGAGAGGUAAAGGUGAAAGAUGCGGGAUUGCAGAAGAUGGGGAUGUUGGUUGCGGGGUGGGUGUUGAAGUGGAGGAGUUUGGGGGGGGAGGGUGAAGGGGGUGGUGGUGGUGAGGGUAAGUUGCCAGCGGUAAAGGGGCUGGGCAUAUGUAUUGAUGGGGCGAGGAUGUGAUGGGAUGGGAUGGGACGGGAUGGAUGGAUGGAUGGAUGGGAAGAAAAAACACCUACCUCCCUACCCCCUUGUCCACGACGAAUAAAUGAUUUA